AUGAAGACUGCGAACUAUUACAUACCAGAUGAAUUGUGGGAACAGAUCCUUUUACGGCAGCCAGUGGAGACACUUAUACGAUGGAAGUGUGUUUGUAAAUCAUGGAAUCGAAUCAUUAGCGACAAGUCCUUCGUCAAAGCCUAUGGUCUCCAUCAAAAAACAUCCGAAAACACGCGUAAGUAUUUACUACUCGACUACGAUUAUUCCUACUACUCAGCAGGCCUCAUUGAUAGAAAAUCAUAUAAUGUUCUCGGAUAUUACAAUGACAUAUGUUGCAGAGAUCGCAGUAGAUAUGGUUUAGAGGUUUACGGUAUUUGUGAUGGUUUAUUAUGUUUGGCUGGUCGUUUCUAUGAUAUAUGCAAUGAUUUUCCUAUUUUUUUAUAUAAUCCGUUCAUCAGAAAAGGGAAGAAACUGGUUCCUCCUAGGCGUGCAGCUAACUACUUAUGUCCUGUUUCUUUGUGUUUCGGGUUUCACGAUGAUGAUUACAAACUAGUCAGGGUUCAAUCAUUUUGGAAUCUGUGCGAAAUUUGUAUUUACAGUUUGAAUACCGAUAGUUGGAAGUCUGUGAAAAUUGAGGUUAAUAUUGAAGAUGAAGGUAACUUCAGAUGUAUUGGUAUUUUGCCGUACCCCAAGGCCAGAUUAGUAAACGGUGUCGCGUAUUUCAUACAACAUGACAUACAAGGUGACAGAAUUAUAUCAUAUGAUCUUGAUAAUGAGAAAACCCGAAAAAUGCAAUUGCCUACAGAUAUUGGUUCCGUUGCCCAUGUUAUCAUGGAAGAAUACGGAGAAUCAAUAGCUCUAAUCGGAUCUACUUCUCAAAAUAUCAAUAAUGGCGUGGAUAUUGGAUAUGACGUGGCUAUUGACUAUGGUGUGGCGAUGUGGGUACUGAAACAGAGUGACAACUCUAAUGUUGUGUUUGGUUGGGGUGAAUGA